AUGCUGCUGGUCCUGCUCCUGGCAGGCUUGGCCUGGCAGAAUGUGCCUGGGCAUGGUGAGGUGGUGACCUCUUUCAAAGAUGCCUGCCCCCAGUUCUUCUUCAGAGAAACUCCUCCGAGUAUUGGGCUGGAGCCCCCAUGCCCAGCUCGGAUUUGCCAGCGUUAUAAAAACCAGUAUCGUUUCGCCACCCUGUACGACAGAGACAAUCGCAUCCCGGUGUACUCGGCCUACAUCUACAACCCUGGGACGGCGAAGAGGCCAAGCACGUGGACGGUAGAACCUCAGCUCAUUGAUUUGACAUUUCAACCUGACAUGGAAACGGAAUGGACCUUCCUGCAGAAACAUAGCGCCCAUGAGGAAGCUCUUGAGGGCAGCCAGGCUGUUUUGCGAGAUUACAAAAACCUUUCCGGUUUCAACAGGGGCCACCUGAACCCCAACAGCCACCAGCCUGACCUGGAUGCCAAAUCAUCUACAUUCACCUUGACCAACAUUGUGCCACAACACAUAAACCUCAAUGGUGGGGCCUGGAACAACUAUGAACAAUCAACAAUGGCAAGCAAGACCGAGGGAUGCAAGGAAACAUUUGCUGUGGUGGGUGCGGUGCCAGGAAACAACUUCAUCGCCAAAGGGAGGGUCAACAAGCCCAGCCAUGUAUGGUCUGCAGCCUGUUGUGUCAUAGACAACAAUCACCUGAGAUCUUGGGCCAUUAUUGCCAGGAAUGAUGAGAACGUGGUGCUCACUCUCACUUUGGGGGAGCUCGAGAGAAAGCUUGCAGAGUUGUAUAAUCGGAAUGACAUCUUUCUGUUUGAUAGUGACUGUCCCCGGGAAUAAAACAUUGUCCACAC